GGCAGAAAGGCAACAACCGCGAGGAAGGAGAAGUCAAGACGUCUGGAAAGAAUUACCCAGUCCUGGCUUCCAGCAGCCCAUUGAACCAGGGACUUGAACCAGCCCCAGCCAAAGACUUUCUCCCGAUUCUACGCUUCCUGGGUUCUGCUGAGUUUUCACCAGGCUUUUUUUUUUUUUUUUUUUUAAUACGAAGAAGAGACUUUCCGAUACUAGGGGAGGGGGAACUAGAGCAUAAAAUAAAAUAAAGUUAAUUUAUUUUCAAAGCACAGAUAACAUUUUCUUUAAGAGUUAGAAGAUUGAAGUGCAACGGAAAUAUUAAAAAAUACUAGUGAUUUUUUUUUUUAAGUGGGUGAGACCUAAGCAUUUAAGACUCCCCCAUCCUUUUUAAAUGUUGUUUUUAAAUUUUUUAUUUUUUUUGGCCGGUCGUCUCAAAUUCAUCUGAUCUCCUAUUACCUCAGUUUUGGAAACUGCCCGCCACCGACCCUCCGGGACCACACAGACAGGCUGAGGACAACUUUAUGACCAAGAGCUGAACAAGAUGCAUUGUGAGAGGUUUCUAUGUAUCCUGAGAAUAAUUGGAACCACACUUUUUGGAGUGUCUCUACUCCUUGGAAUCACAGCUGCUUAUAUUGUUGGCUACCAAUUUAUCCAAACAGAUAAUUACUAUUUCUCUUUUGGACUAUAUGGUGCCUUUUUAGCAUCACACCUCAUCAUCCAAAGCCUGUUUGCCUUUUUGGAGCACCGAAAAAUGAAAAAAUCGCUAGAAACCCCCAUUAAGUUGAACAAAACUGUUGCUCUUUGCAUCGCUGCGUAUCAAGAGGAUCCGGACUACUUACGGAAAUGUUUGCAAUCUGUGAAAAGGCUGACCUACCCUGGAAUUAAAGUUGUCAUGGUCAUAGAUGGAAACUCGGAAGAUGACCUGUACAUGAUGGACAUAUUCAGUGAAGUUAUGGGCAGGGACAAAUCAGCCACUUAUAUCUGGAAGAACAACUUUCACGUGAAGGGUCCUGGUGAGACAGAUGAGUCACAUAAAGAAAGCUCACAACAUGUCACCCAGUUGGUCCUGUCCAACAAGAGCAUUUGCAUCAUGCAAAAAUGGGGUGGAAAAAGAGAAGUCAUGUACACGGCCUUCAGGGCGCUGGGACGAAGUGUGGAUUAUGUGCAGGUUUGUGAUUCAGACACCAUGCUUGACCCUGCCUCAUCUGUGGAGAUGGUAAAAGUUUUAGAAGAAGAUCCCAUGGUUGGAGGUGUCGGGGGAGACGUCCAGAUUUUAAACAAGUAUGAUUCCUGGAUCUCUUUCCUCAGCAGUGUGAGAUACUGGAUGGCUUUUAACAUAGAAAGGGCCUGUCAGUCUUAUUUUGGAUGUGUCCAGUGCAUUAGUGGACCUCUGGGAAUGUACAGAAACUCCUUAUUGCAUGAAUUUGUGGAAGACUGGUACAAUCAAGAAUUUAUGGGCAGCCAAUGUAGUUUUGGAGAUGACAGGCAUUUAACGAACCGAGUGCUGAGUCUGGGCUAUGCAACAAAAUACACAGCUCGAUCCAAGUGCCUUACUGAAACACCUAUAGAAUAUCUCAGAUGGUUAAACCAGCAGACCCGUUGGAGCAAGUCCUACUUCCGAGAGUGGCUGUACAAUGCCAUGUGGUUUCAUAAACAUCACUUGUGGAUGACCUAUGAAGCAGUCAUCACGGGGUUCUUCCCUUUCUUUCUCAUUGCCACAGUAAUCCAGCUUUUCUACAGGGGUAAAAUUUGGAACAUCCUCCUCUUCUUGUUAACUGUCCAGUUAGUGGGUCUCAUAAAAUCAUCUUUUGCCAGCUGCCUUAGAGGAAAUAUCGUCAUGGUCUUCAUGUCCCUCUACUCAGUGUUAUACAUGUCAAGUUUACUUCCCGCCAAGAUGUUUGCAAUUGCAACGAUAAACAAAGCUGGGUGGGGCACAUCUGGAAGGAAAACCAUUGUUGUUAAUUUCAUAGGACUCAUUCCAGUAUCAGUUUGGUUUACAAUCCUCCUGGGUGGUGUGAUUUUCACCAUUUAUAAGGAAUCUAAAAAGCCAUUCUCAGAAUCCAAACAGACAGUUUUAAUCGUUGGAACGUUGCUGUAUGCAUGCUAUUGGGUCAUGCUUUUGACACUGUAUGUGGUUCUCAUCAAUAAAUGUGGCAGGCGGAAGAAGGGACAACAGUAUGACAUGGUGCUUGAUGUAUGAUCUUACGUUUGAUGUUUGCAGUUACAUAUGCAGACACACACAAAACCUUAGUUCCUCUAGGGACUGUGCGGUAUUGUGGCAUCAGAUAAUGCCACCAAAGGAGACAUAUCACUGCUGCUGGGACUUGAACAAAGACAUUUGUAUGGGUUUAUUUUAAUUCUGCCAAAGUAAAAUGAUACAUCAAGAAGAACUCAGAUUUAACCUGAUAUUUCUAUGAAAAUGGGAAGAAUUCUUUGUUUAUGCACUUUUUCCUUAUUGUACAUCCGCCUAACAGUGUUUUGCCCUAUAUACCUCACUAGUCAUGCUUUAUGUGGGUUAUCAUGUAAGAAAAGGAUUUUGGAAACUCAAGGAAAAGUUCUUUCAACAUAUACAAUCUAACUUAUGUACUGUGUUGAUAGCUAAUUUUUUUUAGAAAGGUUUUUCUGUUUAACUCUACCAAAUGAAAUGCCAAAGGAAAUUUACAGGCCGUUGGCUGUGCUGUAUUUUUAUAUAAUUGUACUGUGUUUUAAAAUUUUGUAUGCCAAUUUUAAAACAAAUUUUGCAUAUUUUAUAUUUUACUUCUCUGCCAAAAUACACCUGUUCUUCCUUUUUUUUUUUUUUUAAAUAAAAUAGGUUCUGAAAAAAUUCAUACUUAAAAAAUUUUUACCCAAAAUGUGAAGCUCGGUUGACUGAUGUUGUUCAUGAUAGAAAGAAUAAAAUGUUUCUCUCUCUCUCUCU